AUUUUCUAAGUGGAGAAACAUAGAAACAUUUCAGGAGCAAUAAUGAAACGGUUCUACUAUCUUCUGUGUGUAUGCUUGCUGUCGUGCAAUGUAGUGCACGCCUCCUAUUCACACUUGCAAGCGAUUGAUUUCUCGCAGUUGCAACAGCAGCAGAAAUCAUCAAUUACCCAACAGCAGCAGCAGCAACAGGACCAACAAUCGCAGGAGCAAACUGACACCACCACCGACUCAUCCGAAGACUACGACAGCCAUCCGCAAUACAGCUUCGCAUACGAUGUGCGCGACACGCUGACCGGCGACGAAAAGCAGCAGGAGGAAAAACGCGAUGGUGACCUAGUGCAAGGACAGUACUCGCUCGUUGAACCCGAUGGCACACGCCGCGUUGUGGAGUACACCGCCGACGAUAUCAACGGCUUCAACGCCAUAGUCUCUAAACAAUUAGUGGAUGAGCGAUCGCGUGCUUCCGCCUCGGCCACAGCUUCAUCCUCACGCUACAACAGUUUCGAAACGCUGCAAUCACAAAUUCAAACACAAGCCAUCGCCGAAGCUCAAGCUCAGGCUGCAUCUUAUGCCGAAGCUCAAGCGCUCGCCGAAGCACAACUCCAAGCGCAGGCUAAGGCACAUGCCGAGGCCAUGGCUCAGGUACAAAGUGAUGCCGAGUUGCAGGCACGCAUACAGGCGGAAGCCCAGGCACGCGCCCAAGCCCAGCAACUGAUGGAGCAGUUUCAGCAACAGUACAAACAACAACAGCAACAACAGCAGGAACAACAGGAGCAAUUAGCACAACUGCAACAGCAGCAGCAGCAACGUCAACAGCAACAACAAUUGCGUACACAAACCCAACAAGCACAAGAGCGACUGACCAACGAGCAAGCCCUACUGCUGUCGCAAUCGCUGCCCUCACGUACACUCGGCCACAGCGUUCACGCUACCGUCGUUUCACACCCACCCACGAUCUUGUCACGCACACCCAGCGGCAGCGUAUAUGCCCAACAACGCGACCUAACCGCAUUGAAGGAGUUGCGCGACGGUAGCGCACGACAGAUCAUCGAACGCACAAACCUCCCGCAAAUAGUGAUUACUCAACCGGCUAGCGCAACGGUACAAGCUCAAGUCAUACACUCACCCUUGCUAUUGGACGGCAGCUCGGGAGCAACAGGCAUGCGUAGCGUCAUCUCUACAAAGAUCACCAAUGGCAGCGGCAAUGGUGGACGCAGCAGCACCAUUUCACUACGUGGAGAUGCCGGGCGCUUGAGUGCCGCCGACCAAUUGCUAAACCAGCUGGACACUGACGAUGAUGACACACUCACACGCAACAGCCUACGUCUGCUUAGCGGCGGCACUGGCAGCAGCGGCAGCGGUGGCAGCAUUAAGGGACGCACCAAUGGCGGCCUCAGUGGCAGUAGCGGCAGCAGCGGUCUGAGCGGUUUCGACAGCAGCAGCAGCGGAUCCGAUGAUCGGGGCAGUGAUCGUGAAGGCAAUGUAUUGCGUAAUGGACUAAGAAAUUCGAAUAGACGCUUGCAGAGCCUCUUCUCCAGCAGCGGCAGUGGUUCGAACGGAAACGGCAGUGGCAAGUCGACAUGGUAAAUGAAACUGGAAAUCGGAAAAUCUAACACAACAAAACAAAAAUACUUUUAAAUUCAAACGAUUCUAAAACGAGACAGAGAGAAAGAGUAGGACGAAAAUGCAAACGAAUGUGUAGAAUAGACAUUAAUGAAUGUAGAAAGAAAUUGAGCGUGUUAGAGUAUAGUAAAGGUAAAUGAAUUCAAAGAAAACUAGUGUGAUCAACAGUCAGCAACGAUUUGGUAGCGGACCCAGGCUAUUCUAUAACGGACUAUGA